AUGUCACAGGCUGACACCCAGACGCAGGAGGAUGCGGGCGCCAUCCUCGACAUCAAACAGGAUAUCCGCGACGAAUGCUCGAAAAUUGGCGAAGUGACCAACGUGGUUCUCUACGACAAGGAACCGGAGGGGGUGGUGAGCGUGCGCUUCACGGACCCCGACGCUGCCCGCCAGUGCGUCCAGGUCAUGGGUGGCCGCUUCUUUGGAGGAACUCAGGUCGAGGCCUAUAUCUCCGAAGGGCGUGAGAAAUUUAAGAAGACCAAUGAACGGCGCGCGGCUCUAGAGGAUAUGGCGGAGCGGGGCAUUGAUGCGGAGGAUGAGGAUGAGAACCAGCGGCUGGAUGAGUUUGGCACAUGGCUGGAGAGCUCGCGGGUGGUUGAGAAUCGGGCGACGUAA